AUGAUAAACGACGCGCGAUACUUCUGGCACAAUUCUUCCGUUCUCGCAUUACCAGGACCCGAACUAAUAGAUAAAGUCCGGAACGAGGAUGGAAUCACGAUUCACCGCGCAGAUAUUACUCGACUGUCCGGGCGCACCAUACACCUGGCAAAUGGCACAACACUCGAGACGGAUAUUUUGAUCUACGCCACUGGGUACAACAUUCAUCAUACCACAUUCUCGGAACGUGACUCUUGGGAGUUGGGACUUCCAGUCAGAAUUGACCGCAUACCCGUGAUUGCGCCUGGAACAUCAUGGCCUACAGAAUCCAUGGAACGGGCCGACCAAGAGGUUCUACAACGCUUCCCUCGGCUUCGAAAUCCACCUGUGAAGUCCAAGAAACCGACAUGGACGCAGUAUAGAAUGUACAGAUACAUUCUUCCCUUUGAGCUACUUAGGAGGCGUGACAGAUCCCUCGCUUUCGUUGGCUACAUGGGAGGAGGAACGAUUAUCGGCGCGGAUGUCAGUGCGUUAUGGGCUGUUGCGUGGAUGGAAGGAAAGUUGGAGAUCACGAGGGACCUUGAGGAGAUGAUCAAGGAGUCCGAAGUUCUCAAUGCCUUCUUGAAGCGUCGAUACAUCAAUGCGAGUCAAGAGGCUCCAUACUUGCCUUUCGACGGCACGGUGAUUAUUCGCGAAAUGAUGAAGGAACUUGACGUUCCCCACCCAAAUCUGGGCGCUUGGACACCGCAUUUCCCUUCUGCAUAUAGGGGUAUAGUAGAGACUUGGCUAGCUAAGAAUACCUAA